GCGGUAGCGGGGAAGGCUUAUUCCACUGUCACCACGCGAGGGAAGGGCUGGAGAAACUGCUUUCCUACUUUAUGGCCUUCUGGAAAACCAGCGUUAACUCCUACUCCGAGCAACAAGCUGCCACUGCUAGGAUUUGCUCUUCGUUGCUUCUCUUCUAUUGGACUUCGGAUGCUUUUUUGAUUUAGGGACAAGCUGGGUGUGAUCGUCAUGAACAAAGUGCAUUUUUCAUAGCUGCUCGGUCAUCCCUUCUACAAACAGAUCUUAAAAAAUAAGAGAGGGAAAAGCCUGUUUGUAUUAUUAUUAAGGGAGCAGUGCUUUCUCCCCCCCUUUUUUUGGGAUUUCUUUUUAAACUCAUGAAAAAUGGCAACAGCAGCAUACGUGGAUCAUUUUGCAGCCGAGUGCCUUGUUUCUAUGUCCAGUCGUGCGAUUAUCCAUAGCCCCAAAGGGGAGACCGAUUCCCAACCUGAUGCAGCAAUACUGCCUUCAUCAAACGGAGAAGAUAAGCGUGAAGUCAGAGAGCCCGGAAAAGACAACGGAUCGUCGUUAUUCGUGGUAGCUAGCAUUUUGGCAGAUCUGAACCAGCACGUCCCAAACUCACCCACUCUUCGGACAGAAAAAACAGAGACCUUUGAUAUCACAGAACAAAUACACAUUUCUAUUGCUCCUAAGGAGUUUGGGGAAGAAAGCGUGUCCUCGGCUGGUAAGCGUGGAGGAGGAAAAGCGGCCACACCUACUACCCUGGCUGCGGUAACGGAGCCAAGCCCCAGACAAAAGAACAAACGCGGGAGAAGCUGGACUGACCCUGGAUCACCCCAGAAAAAGCACAAAUGCCACUAUGUGGGGUGUGAAAAAGUUUAUGGCAAAUCUUCCCAUCUUAAAGCUCAUCUAAGGACCCACACAGGUGAGCGGCCUUUUGAAUGCAACUGGCAAGGGUGCAACAAGAAGUUUGCUCGCUCCGAUGAGCUGGCCCGCCAUUACCGCACUCACACUGGAGAAAAGAAGUUCGGCUGCCCUCUCUGCGAGAAGCGCUUCAUGCGCAGCGACCACCUGACAAAGCAUGCCCGUCGGCACGCCAACUUCCACCCCAGCAUGCUCAAGAGGCGAAGCGGGAGCAGCUCUAGGACAGGGUCCGUCAGUGACUACAGCCGCUCGGAUGCCUCGAGCCCCACGAUUAGCCCUGCCAGUUCCCCAUAGACCUACCUGCACUGGAUGCCAGCACUUUGCCUCUGUUAUCUGUCAUGGAGUUUCAUUUGUGUUGCACACAUUUUAAAAAAUGUUGCUUCCCCCUAGUUUUUUUUUUUUUGUUUUGUUUUUUGUUUUUUUUUUUUUUUUUGGUAAAAUCAGUAAACAGCUGCCUCCCACUGCAAUUUCCAGACAUAUUUUCUUUACUCGGCCGCACAAGCGGCCAUUCUAACCUCAUGGACAGACUUACAUAUUCCACUUUUUGACUCCUGCUGUCUCAUUAUUUCAUACAUUUUAUAACAUAAACAAAUCCUCUUGAUUAUUCUUUAUAAGAAAAUGAGAAAAUCUAAAAAAGAAAAGAAACCUCUUCAAUUCACCUCAGGUGUCAAAGUAGUUUUGUAAGACCAGAUUGCACAACAUGCGCAUACAUACACUUACGAAUCAACUAGCGGAUCAUGUCCCCCUUCUCCUUUCUCAGGGAUGGAUAUUUAUGUUACACAAUUAUUACAGUGAAGACACACCCUAACUGCAGCCUUACUCUGUAAAUGUAUUUGCACUCAGAAAGCUUUUUGUUAGGUUCUUUCACACACUGGGGAAAUAAUAAACAAAACAAAACAAAACAGAAAAAACAAAAACCAAACCAGUACUGGAAUGUACUACCAGACUCUUCCAUUGCUUGAUUUCCUGGUUACACAGCUACACUGGGAAGCAUCCAAACAGGAGUCGUCUUUCCUUCCUUCAAGCUGCCCUCUGCUUUUGGUAGCAAGCCAUCUUUUCACUUCACUGCUGAAGAUGCUCCAGAACCAACUUCCUAUUGCAAAAAUCUCUGUGAAGUUGAAACUUUUUUUUUGUUUAAUGCUAGAUAAAAUGCUGAGAAAAAGUUCUAAACAAGAUGCCUUAAAUAAGUAACAAAAACAUGAGGAAACACAUUACACUGGGUAACAUUUUCCUGCAAGGUGGCAUGGCAUUCUUGAGGCAUUCAGUCUUCUCUUUCUCCAAGUUGUUAAGCUCUCUGCACUGCCUUUUCAGCAUGGGACCAACUAAAUAUUCAAAUCAAACCACAUUGACUUGAACAAUUUUAUUCUUCUGGGGUUUUUUUUGUUUGUUUUAUAAACUAUGGAAAUAGCAUAGCUGAACCAAUGCCCAUCAAAACUUUUAUCAAGGUACUUACCUAGUGUACAGCUCUAUCUUAGGAAGACAAAAUGCCUAAGACAAAGUUCCUGUAUCUUGUUGCUUCAAAAUCGUGGUCACUGAUGAAAGAGGAAACAAAAGUCAUCAUAAGGUAUCUUCUGACUGGAAAAAUAAAAUAUGGAUUUCUAAGUGUUAAAAAAAAUGACAUUUUAGCUUAGCAGUACUUCAGGUUCCUCAUAUAUACACAUACCAGCAUAAAGAAGGGCUCUCACAUUUCUGACUAACUGCUUAAAAACAAAAAGGGAAUUUUGGCUAUUUUUAGUGAUUUUCAAAUAUUGGGCUCUAGAUAGAGCACUAGGAGAGAGAUUUCUAUUUUUUAUGUGGUAGAGAAUACAGCAAAAGAUCACAGCAUUGUGUUGUAGUAGAGACCUCAUUGGCAGCAAAUUUGCUUUCAUUGAUUUGGCUCACUCAGAUGGUGCAUAUUAGCAAUUUAGGUCCUUUUGAUUUUUGAGUUGUUUUUGUUUUUUAACAUUACUGUGGGAUAUAAAUGCAGUCAUGUGUAGCAAAGCGAAAGGAAAGUCUGUAUGCCAAACCUGCUGUUUGAUAUUGACUGAAUGCCUCCACAUUCCAGAUGAAUCUCUAUCUUUCUUGCUACUUUGCAUUGAUCCACUUUUGCAAGUUUUUUUGUACUGUGUAUUAACUGUGAGAGGCUAACAUAGAUUUGUAAGUAGUUUCAUAGGUACUUCCAUAACACUUACAUUAUUCCUAAUACUAAGCAUUCUGUUAGUUGUAUGGGUAAAUACUUAAAAACAGUUCAAACUGCAGAUAUUUCAGUAUUUUUUUCACAUUUAUUUCCUUCAGAUUUCACCUUUAUAAAAUCAUGAUUUUCUCCUUUUGAAUUCUAAGUCAAGCUAGGCAAAAAUUUACUGUUUGUUUUAAAGAAAAUGAAACAUAGCAAGAUUUUUUGUAAGGUGACAAUUGUUAAAUUUGUGUAAUGAAUUGCCUGACCACUGUGGAUUAGGGGAAAGCCAGACAUGUUUACCUCCAUAGAUUUACUUUUUUCUUUUUUAAAAAACUCGUCUGCUGAGAUACACAAUAUUAACAGUUUGAUACAUUUCAGGUAAUAGGAAUUCACAUUCCAAUCAUUUCUGUGACUGAUAAAAGUGCUUCUGUGCUGCAGUUGGUAAAGGGGCAAUUAAGAUACUUAGCUAAAGGAAUUCUACAGGUCAGCUGUGCCUUGUGCACAUACUUUAAAACAAUAAAAUACACAUUUCUCAUUGUGAUUAUAAUAGAAGGAUACGAGGAAAAACAGAAAACUAAAUAUCACUAAACAUUACAGGUUUUGCAUUCUAAUUUCAGUUUGUUAUAAAAUUACUCUCUCUAGCAAAAGUAUAUAUAUAUAUGUGUGUGUGUAUAUAUAUAUAUAUAUGUAUAUAUAUAUAUAUUUUUAGCAAAGAGAGAUUCAAUCCUGUCUAUUCAUUUAAGGCAUAUUCAGCAUGAAUCAAUGAAACGUAGGUAUUUUACAAACAAAUGUUUUAGAAAAAGAGUAUUCUCACCAUGUUAUAUCAGUACUGAGAUUAUGGGACAAUCUAUUCUGAAUGAUACAAGAACAAAGUGAUCUUUAACUCAAAUAGCAAACUAAAUAUUUUUUAUAUAUUUUCCUCAUAUAGAUUAUUAACAAUUAUCCAAAAUUAAAUGGAAAAAAAAUAUUGAUUCAAAGCUGAAUUUCCAGUUCAGCCAGUUUGUCUAAUGAGAAGGCUGUGAGACUAUAUAUAGUCAACAUAGCUAUACUUUCAGGAAAUUCUCUGAAAUUUGCCUUUACAACUUUAAAAUUUUUACGUGCUAGCUGUAAACACCUUAGAGAGUGUUACGUGGACAGUCAAAUUAGCAUGUUUUUGUAAACUAACUGGAGCUUAAAAACCUCCAUGAAAUGUUAAUAAAUGCUAGUUACAGGAUACAGUGAAGAAUUUCAAACCACUAGUAGUUUUCAAAAUCGAAUGUGAACAAAACUUCUGUGAAUAUUCUCAUGUGUAAAGAGAGACUUUGGGUUUUGCACCAUCCUCUUGGAAGCAGAAGUGCCAGCAAGAUCAUAAGACUCAGUUCUCAUGAUUGCUUCUCCUGAGAUUUACAGACAUGAGAAGGCUGAAUAGCUCAAAUUAUGUUUUCAAAUCUGGGUGCUUAUCCAAACUUUUACCCUUCUGUUGUUUCACCCAGUGGCCUGACCUAGGCCAGUCCCCGGGCACAGCAGCAAGCACUGCACACUCAGGAAACACCGCUCUGACCAGCAGAUUUCUUCUCAGUCCUCCAUCGGGAGUGCAUCUCCCUCUCCUGCCUCCUGCUCUCCCCAGUAAUCUGUUGAGGUAGAUCAUCACAAACCACAGAAUUGCCUUGUAUUUUUUUUAAUUUCAGAACAUAAUAAUAAUAGGCUAUUGACAUUGAGAAAGCCCCCGAAGUUUGUUUACUUUUCUCCAGCUGUGAUCCUAGCUUCCUCCCUAAGAGUUGAGCUGCACUGCCUUGAUAUAGGAAAAGGGUACAAAUUAAAAUCAUCACCUCAAUACCAGCAUUCAGUUGAAACUAAAGCUACUCAUCAUCUCUCCAAACUACCAGCUCAUAUUUUAGGGUCAGGAUGCUAAUUGUACUCUGUGGAAACAGACAGAAAUGACAGAGAUCAGUGUCCUCCAGAUUUCUAAUUAAAUUUUAUUGAUGUAAUUUAGGCCAGCUCUCAGAAACUCAUUCACCCCUUCCAUUAACCUCAUCCUGUGCAAAGGCCUACAGUGCAUUUAUGGCCACAGGAAUUCAGUUUUCCUCCUGCUUCUUAGAAAGCAGUCCUGGUAAGGUCUAGGCAGCUACAUUUUACUGUGUGAACGCCCUCGUACCCUUUAUACGUCUGCAAAUUAGCGGUUCUUUGCUUCCUUAACAUAUGCAUAGUGUCUGUUUACAAUACGUAAGCGUAAGGGUAUAUAUUUGUAACAGGACAUCAGAAGCAUCUGUCCGAUGGUAACAGCUGAUCCUGUGCGUCUCCUGCUCUCCUUGCCGCAUUAACUUAUCUCCGAGAGCCCCCGUAAAGCUUUAAAGCCUCUUAGCUGCUCUCCAGGAGUUGGGCGCUUUUUGCGCUUCGGGCAGGCGGGCUGAGAAGGGCUGCGCGAGGGGCUUACCCGCUCCCGGCUACCGACGUCCACGGCGGGCUCUGCUCGGUCCUGGCCUCGGGUCUGGGAUUCGAACGGCGCAAACCGCAGCGUUGUUUUGGGAGACGUGCUUCGUGAACAAUGAGGAAGGAAAAUGAGCCUGCCUUUUUGUAGCCAUUUGAUUUACUAAUUUCACCAUGUGAUGCCUACAAACUGAAUUUCAGGUGCUCUUUUAGUCCCUUACACCAUCUGUUUGUACAUUUGGUGCUAACGUAUAGUUGGUCAGUGUAGGAUGAAAUUCUGUAUUUUUUACCUUUUGGGGAUAAAGCUAUAGCCUGAGGCAGUCUAGAAGAUAACUGAAUUAUACCUGUUUACCCCUAAACAAGAAUAUGGAAGACAAGAGCCCAUUCACUGGUAUAGUCUUUUUUUAUAUAAAUAUAUAUAUGUGUGUGUAUAUAUAUGGGUUUAUAUAAACAUGUGCAUUACGCGUGUAUAUAAAUACAUAUAUUUGUGUAUGUUUUUCUUAGUGUGUGUGUGUGUAUACAUAAACACACAUCAGUGUACAUAUACACACAGAAUAAUGAAGGGAUGUCUACAGAGCAAAAGCAGGUAUCCGUUUCAUUAUAACUAGCGAUGGGUCUGAACCAAAAUCCUAGAUUCAAACGCCAUUGCCUUUGGGAAGUUUAAAUCCCCUUUCGAGACGUGCGGUCACCUCUAGUUAGGGCCGCAGCUCCACGCGUACGUUUGCCUCCUGGGGACGCGCGUGCAGGUGCCGCUCGGCUGCCCCCGCCUUGGUGGUGCCGCAGGCGCGCGCGCGCGCGGGGCUUACCCCGUGCUCCCGGCUGUGCUGAACGGCGAGGUUACUGGUGUCAUCUUCAUCUGGAUGAUUUUGUCAGCAGCAUGUCCAUGCUUCCGUGGGUCACUUUGCAACUCUAUAAAUCACUACAUUGAAGUAUUACAGUUGUACAGUUAUAUGCUAAUCUAUUCUUGCUCUGCUGUAACUUUUUAUGUAUUUUAUACCGCAUAGAUCAUAUAUUGUGACAAUGUCCUAUGCAACAACAGUGAAAAAGGAAAAAAAAAGGAAAAAGAAAGAAUAUUAACUGUAAAAUAGCAUCUUAACUUGUAUGCAUGGCUAGUGACGUUUACAUUUUCCAGAAUAAAACUUACAAUUAUGAAA